UUCGUCAACCGCCGGGAUUUUAAUUCAACCAGCAAAGAAAAGCCGGUGACUUCCACAUUUAUCCGGUGCCGGAGCUCUCCUACUCAUCACUACCUUCUGAACAUGUCUUCCGACGGAGACAACAACAUCUCGAUGGCGGUAGCGGUGGCCUCCUGCGUCGCGAUGGCACUAUUCUACGUUUUGAUCCUUUACGCUCCCACCGUGAUUCUACGCCUCCCGUCGCCUUCUUCCUUCUCUGACUUCAUGAUUCGCCGAUUCGUUUGCGCAGCCAUCUCAACCGUCGUGUCUCUCGUCUUCACAGCUUAUAUACUCCCGAUAAAAAGCUGGGAGGCCUCUGUUAUACUUGGAGUUUUUGGCAUAAGGACAGAUCAUCUUUGGCAAGGAGUGGUGUAUCCUCUUCUGUUGACCUCGCUCAUUUACGCUGGAUCUUUGGUCUUGAACUUGUUGUUACUCCUUGAAUCAUGCAAGGAAAAUGGUGGAGGAUGUAGUUUCUUUACUAAAGUGAGGAGCUUUGUCCAAGCAAUCCCUGCUUGCAUCACGACAUGUGCUUCUGGUGUUUACUUUUGGCGAAAUUUGGUCGUGGCACCGUUAACUGAGGAGCUGGUUUUCAGGGCCUGUAUGAUACCUUUGCUUCUGUGUGCUGGAUUUAGGAUUUACUACGCUAUCUUCCUCUGCCCAAUUCUCUUUAGCUUAGCCCAUUUGAAUCAUUUUAGAGAAAUGUACAUCAGGCAGAACCGCAGCUACAUCAAGGCCUCACUGAUUGUUGGUCUUCAGCUUGGCUACACAGUCGUUUUUGGUGCAUAUGCAUCGUUUCUCUUCAUCAGAACCGGACAUCUCGCUGCUCCUUUGUUUGCUCAUAUAUUCUGCAAUUACAUGGGAUUGCCUGUGCUGCUACACCCACGAGGAAAAGGUUUGGUUAGUGCAGCUGCGUUAGCCGGUGUGGUUGGAUUCGUCACACUUCUCUUUCCUUUAACAAAGCCUCUCAUGUACAACGAUAGAACCAACAAUUGUCCGUGUUGGCUUGGCUAUUGUUUGUGGCAUUGAUACUCUGCACUCAUAGCUCUGAUCUUCUUUUUUUUUCCAGUUUCCACUGAUCAUGUCUUAUUUUGUUGUUUCUUUUAAUAGAUUGUGGUCCGUUAUCAAGUUGCUUUUUACAGACAUUGUUUAUAAAAAUGUUUUUUUUUUUUUUGA